CCGCGGGUCGGGGCCCUGAGGGCCGGAGGGAGCCUAGCUGGCUCAGUAGGCGUCGGGUGAGGGGAGGGACGGGACGCGGCACUCGUUCCCCAACGCUCUGUGCAGCGCAGCUCGGCAGUCACGGUGGCGGCGCCACUGGUGUCGGCCGCCUGCUGAGUAGCUCAGUGUUCACCUGCUGCCGUGUUCCUGGUGCGGGCGUGAACCCCGCAGGUGCCGUGGUAGUGGCGUGCGUGGACUCAGGGCAUGCAGCUCGGCGCGUCCCUCGGGCAUGCUGGGGGGUGACUGACCCCCGCCAUGGUGGCAGAGCCCUCUCAAGAUGAGGUGGAGCCUCACACCUCCAAGGACGACCUGCAGAACGACCAGCCGCCCCUCGGGGCUGCUGGUGGCACGGACCUGGGCGUGGCCAGCAAUGAUCGCCUCGGCACAUCGCCGUUAUCAUCAUCUCCUGAGGCGGGCGGCGGUGCGAGGGCCGGAGGUUGUGGCGGCCAGCUCGUCGCGCUUACGGACGGCGGCGGCGAGGAGGCACCCAUGGCGAGGGAGGAGGAGAGCUGUUCUCCCGGGGGGGCGGCGGCGACUCCUCAGAUGACGGGCGCCGCCUCGCCUCCCUCGCGGCAAGAACACCAACCCCGCCGCCAAGACAUUUGCUCAACAGUCAGCAGCAGAAGUAGCAGCAGAAGCAGCAUUGGAAGCAACGCCAGCAGUGGCACCCUCAACAACAGCAGACAUGACGACAAGGAUGAGGGCGGAGCGGCGGAGUGCAGCAGUGAUGUGGAGGAGGGCGAGGGGAGGGCGUGGGGCGUGGGUGUUCCCCUUCCUGACCUGAGUGAGUACGAGCGUGUGUGGGAGGCGGCCCCAGAAGUGAUAAUAAGGCCAGCCAGCUUGGCCUCCUCCGAGACGCUCAGCCCAGACUCUCCCAGUCCCAGCCUCUCCUCGGCCCCCCGCCAACCAAGUGCCUUCACGGAGACUCAGGAGAAACUCCGGCAGGGGGACGAGCGGGGGGCGGCGGUGGGCUCGGUGGGCGGGGGCGGGCGGGCGUGUGGGUGCGGGGUGGAGGAGGCCAGUGCCCGGUGUGCGGCCUGCCCCCCUCCCGCCCCGGUGUACGUAAGUGAGCAGUUCCCCUCCACGGACCCGCUGGAGGAGUGCGUGGACGGCUCCGGCCACACGCUUCAUGUGGACCUGAGCACGGGCGCGGUGCAGCUCCACCUGCACCUGCGGGAUACUCACAAGCUGGCCUCCGCCCCCUCCACUGACCCCGCCAAGUGCCUGGCCGACCCCUUGCUCCCACCCGCGCCGGCCACUAGCUCCCAGCCCGACCCUGCCCCGCCCCCAGCACCCAUCAUAUCCUUCAGCUCCGGCAUCGGGGAGGCGAGCGUGUACCAUGCCCUGGUGGUCAUCUUCCUUGAGUUCUUCGCUUGGGGGCUCCUUACAGCCCCCAUGAUCACCGUCCUGAACGAAACCUUCCCAGACCACACUUUCCUCAUGAACGGACUCAUCGUGGGGAUCAAGGGUUUGUUGUCGUUCCUGAGUGCCCCGCUCAUCGGUGCACUCUCAGACCUGUGGGGCCGAAAGUUCUUCCUGUUUAUCACCGUGUUCUUCACCUGCCUUCCCAUCCCCUUCAUGAAGAUCAACACCUGGUGGUACUUUGCCCUGAUCAGCAUGUCUGGAGUGUUUGCCGUCACCUUCAGCAUUGUGUUCGCAUACGUUGCGGAUGUGACAGAUGAGUCUGAACGCAGCAGUGCCUAUGGUUUGGUGUCUGCCACCUUUGCUGCCAGUCUUGUCACCUCCCCUGCACUAGGAGCUUAUCUGGGGAAGGUGCACAGUGAUGACCUGGUGGUGGGUCUGGCCACAGCUAUAGCAGUGCUAGAUGUAUUCUUCAUUCUGGUGGCUGUGCCGGAGUCUCUGCCAGAGAAACUGAGGCUCUCAUCCUCCUGGAGUGCCCACAUCUCCUGGGAGCAGGCUGAUCCCUUCUCUGCUCUGUGGAAGGUUGGGAAAGAUCGCAAUGUGCUAUUGAUCAGCGUGUCAGUCUUAUUAUCCUAUCUACCAGAGGCUGGCCAAUAUUCCUGCUUUUUUGUCUACCUCAGACUGGUUAUGGAAUUCUCUGCAGAAAUGGUGGCGACAUUCAUAGCAGUCGUUGGGAUUUUAUCCGUUGUGGCCCAGACUGCUCUUCUAAGUCUGCUUAUGAAGAAACUGUCCAACAAGCAUGUCAUCAUGGUGGGGCUGACCUUUGAGAUGCUGCAGCUCAUGUGGUAUGGGUUUGGUUCCAAGAUCUGGAUGAUGUGGGCUGCGGGUCUGUUGGCCUCAGUAUCUUCCAUUACCUACCCUGCCAUAAGUGCCUAUGUCAGCACUCAUACUGAUGCUGACAAGCAGGGUGUGGUUCAGGGCAUCAUUACGGGCAUGAGGGGGCUGUGCUCAGGCCUUGGUCCUGCAGUCUUCGGCUUCAUCUUCUACCUUUUCCACGUAGACCUCAGUCAAGAGCAAGGGGAUGACAUCUCUCAAAGACCCAAUGGUUCUGCUGCCGGCAAUGGGUCGACCCCUCACGUCACCAGUAGCCCCAACCUGGUGCCUGGGCCGCCGUUCGUGUUCGGGGCGUUAUUGGUCAUCUGUGCCCUCAUGGUUGCUGCUUUCAUACCUGAGGGUUCUGCAAAAUCUAGAAAACAAUCAGGGAGCAGUUUAGAGCUGAACUUUGAGAGGGGCCACAAGAGAAAGGGAAGCAUGGAUGCAGCAUCGUUACCACUUAUGGACGAAACUGGUGUUGUCUAGCACUAGAUUGUUCGUUAGUGGUUACAACUUGACUCCUGUUUUAGUGUAGUGUGAUGUCAAGUGAGACUGCAGUGACAGUGCUCUGUAGAUAUGAAAAAAAAACCUCAAUGUUUGUGAUUCCAAUGUAGUAUUUGCCACUAAGAUUCACUUCACUGAGAUACAAAAAAGGCACUUGGGAAACUUGCCUUGGUGGUGCUGUCUCCUCUGUUGAGCAGGCAGGCAAGGCGGGCAGGAAGUGCCGAGUGGUGGCAGACACUCAAGAACUCUCCUGAUAAACUGGUUUGCGUCUGGUGCUGGUGAAAAAUAGUUUGUGCUGAGUAAUUCACUUUUUUUUACUAUUAGUUAUUUUGUUUUGAGGGGGGAAGUGUUUUCAUUGACUGAAUGCAGUAUUAAUAUGUUAUGGGAGCAUAAAUUAUGUAGUAUACCCAGUGGAUCUUUUUACCUUCUGUACUUUCCUAGAUGUUAUGACUAUUUAUUUAUUCUGGUUGUAACUGGUGCUCAUUGUUAUUGCUGCAAACCUCAGUUGAUACCCCUCUUACCUUGUGAUAUCUUAGGAAUGCAAUCUAACUAAGGACAUGAGCCCAAGUGAAGGACAGGAGGACCUUGACUGUUGACCAGCUUGAGUUGUGAGCAGUGGUAAUGUGGUAAUUUUUCAUAAAUGUUUUAAAAAAGCAAAAUACAUACUUGUAUGUGUAUAUAAUCUAAUGUCCUCAUUAUUUCUGUAUUAUAAUAACAAGAUUUAGAUUUUAUACAUAGAACUAGUAGGAGUGCAACAGAUGAAUUUUUAUUUUCUAUUUUACAAAUAGUAAGAAUGAGUAUGUGAGCAUGUCUGUGUGGUAGGCAGUGACACCUGGUCUGGCAACCCUCCCCCGACAUCCUCAUCCCAUACAGCAAAGGUUCUCUCCUCGCUCCCACUACUUCCUCAAAUUGUUGCUUACCGCAGUCUGGUGAAACAGUUGUGGCGCUGCAUCACACUUGAGAUGUGGUGAGCAAGGUCUGUCAGGGUUGGAAGUUAUGCUGUUUAAUAUUUAUAAUUCAGAUUUUAAUGCUAUAAGGUACAAGAAAAUAGCAGUGAUAUAAUAUUUGCUGAAACCGUCCUAUAUGUAAGCAGCACAAGUGCUGGAUUGAUUGUACAUAACAUGUCACCUGUGGGAAAGCUUCACUUCAAAACUACCGUGUUAUUUCAUUCAUUGGGUUUUGACAUACUGAAAGUGAUAACACAAAAAAAACACAAAAAAAAGAACUUAUAUACAUAUAAUAAUUAGGAUUUGAUAUGGUACUGAAUUACCAAGAAAUUGAAACUGAACUUUUUUAGGAAAUUAAACAAUCAUCUUUUCAACAAAUUUACAUCAUUUAAAUUGUAUACAAAAAUUUCUUGUUUUGAAAAACCAUUGGUUGAUAAAUCUGAACUAAGUGCUAUCACUUUAAAAGUCUUAUGAAUACUUUCCCAUCAGUAUAACAGUGACAGAUGCAGUGCUGUGUUGCCUCUUGUGAGAGCUGCCCCUCAGACAACCAAGAUGAAUACUAUAUUCAUCAUAGGCAACUUAGGAUCUGAAUCAGAAAUCCACUUUAUAGGAUAUUUUCUUGCUGGAAAACAGUGAAAUGACUAGAAUGAGUGAAUUAAUGCUGAAAGGGGAAUACAAGGCCAGUUACUGAAAAGAUUAUUGCUGCAGGUUCUUAGACAAAUGUCAUUGUAGCCAAGAUAGCACGUAUUGGUUGAAAGAUGUAGGAUAAAGACCUGCUGGAACCUGUCACGGGAUUCGCUCUGCAGUUGCCUCUCUUGGCAGUGGCUUUCCAUUGAUUAGAGGGUGGAAGCAAUUGCUUUGCUUGCCUCUACAGGAGGACCUACUUGUGCUGCCAAGAUUUUGCUGAUUUUAGAUAAACAAACUUGUGUGUACUGAACAUAUUAGCAGGUGGCACAAAGACAAUAAGGAUGUGAAUUAAUUUUUCCAAAUAAAUGAUUAACUUUU